GUCCAGGAAGUUGAUGCGCCCGGAAGAAAUUAACAACGUACCAAUAUCUAGUGUUAUGGGAGCGAUCCCGCUGAAUGACCCCGGAGAACAGCGUGAAAUGUGAGGUUUUCCGUCUGAAACGAAGAUGCUGUCUGUUGCUUUAAGAAGUGCCCUAUCAACACAGAGGGUUUUCCUCUGGGCCCAUGCUUCUCAAAGAUGCUGGACAUCAGCGCCGGCAGGAGCCUCCACCUCCUUACUGGUAGAUUCUGGACAUGUAAAACCUCCUUGUUUCUGUGCGCUCCCCCAGGGUCGCGGCGCUUUCUCUUUAAUCAGGAAACAUUUCCACUCCUCUGCUGUGAGGCUGAAGAAACGAGCGCAGCCCGAACCCCCUCCCCGAGAGCUAGACCUGAUCCGAUACGACAUGAAGCACCUGUGGGAAGGCCCUAAGCCAGCCCUCAUCCUGGGCUUUGCCGGGCUUCUCCCCUUCAUCUCCCCAACUCUGCUCAUGGCUGUGACUGAGACCUACUACCCACAGCUGGCCUACGCCCAGGUGGCCUACGCCGCCUCCAUCGUCUCCUUCCUGGGCGGAGCCCGGUGGGGAUUCGCACUUCCUGAAAGCAGCCCGGCCAAACCCGACUGGAUAAACCUGGCUAACAGCGUGGUUCCCUCGCUGUUAGCUUGGGUGACCAUGCUGAUGAGCGACAGCAUUGUUCCCGCUGCCACUAUGGCCAUCAUGGGACUGGGCAUCUCCCUGCACUACGACCUGACUCUGCUUCCUACCUAUCCCAGCUGGUUCAAGGCUCUGCGCACCGUCCUCACCUUUGUGGCGUUCUUUUCUCUGCUUGGCACCAUCGUAAUAAAUGAUUUAUAUCCAUGUAAGCAUUUCUUCUGAGGGUUAGUGAAUAUUUUUAAGAGAUCCACUGUAAAGCACUGUUUAAUAAAUGCUUAAAUUAGGGUUCUGGAUUCUAAAUUGCACGCAGCAAUUUAUUUCUGCUGGUGUGUAGUAUAAAAUUAAAUAAUUUCAUUUAGCAGAUAGAUUUGUUCUGUUCUGUUUAAAGUUACAAAGUAGGUUUGACUUAUUUUAAUUAAUAUUUAAGUAUUUUUUUGUUGGAUUGAAUAAAGUGUUAUCACCAAUUCUAAUGUAUUGUAUUUUAAGUCCUGCCACUAGGGUGGCACAGAAGAUGCCAAAGUUUCAGACUGAUUUCACUGGAAUGGAUCAUAGUGAGCAUUGAAUAAAGGCAACUAUUAUCUGUUAUUU